CUGUUUCGGCGAUCCAUUUUUUCCGGCGAGAGCUCCCCUCUUGGCGAUUUCAGCGAUCAGCUUUGCAGUUUCGGCGAUCUAUUUUUUCCGGCCACCAUGGCCGGCCAACGGCCGCUGGACCCCUCCCAUCAUCCUCCUGGCGUCCAGCCGGUUCUUUUAAGCCAUCACACGCCGGAAACAGCCGCUGGAAACGUCCCCGUCGCUGCUGCGAUCUCCAGCUCUUUGCCCCCAUUUUUUCCGGCGUAUUCCGGCCACAGCGACGUCCCAGCUCUCUUCCAGUCACUUCCUGGUGGUCAAACGAUUCUGGGAAGCCAUUUUGCAGGUCCAUCCGUUGCUGGAGUAGUGAGAUCGCACCCCACAACCAUGGCGGGUCUCCAGCCUUUGGACGUUGGGCAAGGUGCAAUGGUUCCUCCAAGCUCUCUUCCUUCAUGCACACCAACUGCUCGACUAAAUGUCUCAAAGGGACACUCAACUGCUGUGACAGAUUAUGUGAAGAUCAAAAUCCCUCUUGCUGCUUUUUCUUCCUUUAAAUGGCAAGAAAUUGAUGGGGCUGAGCUCAAAGGUUUGGUGGAUUCAGAAUAUGCUUUAUUGCAUGUACCUUUACCUUCCAUGGAACAAUACAAACGUCAUAAUGUCCAUGGCGCUGUUUUUCUUGCACUUAUGGGACCAGAUGGGUCUGCCUAUGGUGAGGGUCCAAUGGAAGAGGUGCAUCUACGUCCUAUCACCCAACCUCAUUUGUUCCAGCCUCACACUUUAGAACUUCCACAUGAAAGAAAAGCUCGGUUGGCUAAAGAAUCUGCCACUCCAGGUGCUUUUACGGCUGGGACUGAUUUGGUACCUCUUAAUGUUUCUAAGGAUAAGGAAGUGGCUGCCCAGACCCCUUCAAACCAGGCCCUAGCUCAUAAUCCAAGUCUUUUGGGUCCUAGGCCUAUUGACCAUGCACACGUUGGAGGGGGGAAAGGGGUCUCUUUUGCUGGUGUUAGUGCAGCUCCUUUGCAACAUAAGGGUGAUUUUCCUCCUCAAAAAUCCAUGCCUAAAGACACUAUGGUUGUGCAUGCUUCACGGGCAGGAGGAGCACAAAACACGUCAAAGCCAUCGUUGGCCCAAGUUGUUGCAGGUCCUUCGGCCCCCAGCGUCCCAAAAUCCUUUGCACAAGCUGUGGCAGGCUCCUCCACUUCAGGGCAGAUUCAGUUUAACGGACAAUUUCCCAUGCGACUGUUUCGGUGGUCCCCGGAAUUUAACGUUAAAACUGAAUCUUCUGUUGCAUCGGUGUGGGUGACGUUUCCUAAUUUGAGGGCAGAUUUAUUUAAUGAGAGUGCCAUCCACCAACUUUGUAAACCCAUUGGGAGAUGCUUGAAAGUGGACGUGGCAACGUCCACUUUCUCACGUCCCAAUGUGGCUAAGGCUAGGGUGGAAAUUGAUUUGUUGAAGCCUAGGAUUGAACAGAUAUGGAUUGGUUUUUCUGAUGCACCUGGCGAGGAGGAUGUGGGCAUGUUCCAGCCUGUGGAAUAUGAACGCAUCCCAAAGUACUGCACGGCCUGUUUUAAACAAGGUCACGAUAAUUUGUCGUGCAAUACUUUGGCUCCUAAUCAGGUGGAUCCGAGAGCAGUUGUUGUUGUUCCCCAACCUUCCACGACUGUACCCCCGACUGCCCAACCUUCUCGACGGAGGCGAAGCAGGAGUAGGGUCAGGCGUGAAAGGGAGGGGAAAGGUAUUGCCAUUGUUGAUGCAGGAACAAGCGUAGGCGGUUCUCAGCGGGAGGAGUCACAGUAUGUUUGGAGAGAGAAGACAGCGAAAGGGUCCAGACCUAUUCAGGUCGUGGACAAUGAUGAAGUUGGUAAGGGGGAGGGACCCUCAUCUAGCUUGCAGGCCUUUGUGCCCACUUCUUCACAUCCCUCCCCGAAUGUUGUUAUUCCUGAUGCUAGUUUAGUUCCUUCUACUACUGUUAACGCCAUGAGUCCCACACCUGUUGUGGUUGAGCAGUCGGUGUCCCAGAUCGUUGAGCCAUCUGUUCCUCCUACCGGAGUUGCGCAAGGCUCCGUUGUUGUUUCUUUGCCUCUUUCUACUUCUUCUUCUUCUCCUAUUGUACAUGUUCUUGAUCCUCAACCCCCCGAGCUGGCCCUUGCUAUGUCUAAUACUUUUGAUGCUUUGGGGGAGAUGCCUGGGGACAGUCAUGAUGUCUGUGCCUUUAAUACAGCUGCAUCUUCCAUUCCUUCCAAUUCGAGUCACCCGUUCCACUUCUUCGCGUUCCCAAUGAUGUUGCGGUUCCUCGUUUGGAACGCACCCUCGCAGAUUGACUACUUUAGGACGCUGUUGGGUUUCACGGGAGCUAGGGACAGGGAGCCGUUGUGGGAAUACCUUAGAGAGACACACGCCGCUCUUCCGGCUGACAUGGCAUGGGGGGUGGUGGGUGAUUUCAACUGUCUGCUCGAUCCCUCAGAGAAGAAAGGCGGCCGGCCGUAUGCUCCAGUUAAAUAUCGGCCAUUUGUUGAAUGCGUUGAGGAUUGUGAACUGGUUGAUUCUCCUUUCACUGGGGAGGAUCAUACCUGGUUCAACAAUCGAGUGGGUGGCGUGGAGAUUCGGAGCCGGAUUGACCGAUUGCUAUUCAACCGGCCAUGGAUGGAUAUGUUUUCUUGUUUGGUGCAUCACUUGGAUAGAGUUGGAUCUGAUCAUGCCCCACUGUUGGUGGAGUGUAAGUCUCAUGAGCGUCCUCCUGCGCGGCCUUUCACUUUCCUUAAUGUCUGGACAGAGCACAAAGAUUUUCAGAGAGUGGUGGUCGAUUCUUGGCGGGAGGAUAUGGCGGGCAGUCCCAUGUUUGUUUUUGGUGCUAAGCUCAAGCGUCUGGCACAUAGCUUGAAGGGAUGGAACCGAGACACCUUCGGUCACAUCUUUGAUAGGCUUAAGGCACUUGAGCAGGAUGUGCGAGAUAUUGAGCUGCAGCUGCAGACAGAUUCCUCCGAUGAGACCUAUAUUGAGUUUAAGCGGCGCUCUGCACUUUUGAACCGCCAGUAUCGUAUCGAGGAUGAGUUUUGGCGUCAGAAAGCCCAUGCGAAAUGGGUGACGGAUGGGGAGAGGAACUCGGGAUAUUUUCACUCUGUUGUGAAGGAUCGCCGGCGGAAGCUUUACAUUCACCGCAUACAGGAUGAUCGUGGGCAGUGGGUCACGCAGAGAGCUGCGAUUGCGUCGCAGGCGAUUGCCUUUUUUCAGGCCAUGUUCACUGCAGAUCCUAGUGUCACAUCUUCGGCCUUAGACAUGAUUCCACGGCUGGUCACUGCUGAUGAUAAUGAGCGGCUAUGUGCUGUUCCGGAGAUGGAGGAGGUCAAGUCUGCGGUCUUUGCUAUGGAUUCUCUGAGUUCCGCAGGACCCGAUGGCUUUACUGGGGCUUUUUAUAAGGCCGCUUGGACGAUCAUUUGCACGGACUUAUUGGCGAUGGUGCAGGCUUUUUUCUUGGGCCACGAUCUGACUCGUUCCCUCACGCACACUUCUAUUGUUUUGUUGCCCAAGAAGCCCAAUCCUGUGACCUUUGCGGACUUUAGACCCAUUAGUUUGUAUCCUGCAGUUGCUCGGUUUACACAGCCCCGUGAUGCACCACAUAUCCAUCAUCUUGCCUACGCCGAUGAUAUUGUCAUCUUCACUUCGGCAAGGGGGAACACCUUGGAGAGGGUUCGAGCAGUUUUACAGUCAUAUGAGCAGAUUUCAGGCCAGGCUGUCAGUUUCGCUAAGAGUGCCUUCUAUAUGCACCCUAAGGCAUUGGCACCCGCGCUGGAGCGUGUUCGAGAUACUCUCGGGUGUUCAUUGGAUGUCCUUCCAUUAACUUAUCUUGGUUGUCCUAUUUAUCAUGGUCGGAAGCGUAUUCAUUACUUUGAGCCUGUUCUGAAGAAGAUGCGGGAUAAGUGUUGUGCGUGGAUGGGGCGCUACCUUUCUCCGGGGGGGAAGGCUAUUAUGAUUAAGAGUGUUCUACAGGCGAUCCCGACACACUUGCUUGCUGCACAUUUCCCUCCCAAAGCGGUGAUACGUGCCUUACAUUGCCAGGUCAACGGCUGUAGUGGAUAUUGGACGGAUGGAGUGGGCGAUAUGUAUCGCUCUGAUUUUAUGAUUGACCAUGAUGCGUUGCCACCUGACCUGCUACGGCAGUUGCGCCUUGAGCCUCCAUCACUUGUCUCUGAUCAUGCCGAUAUUCCGAUUUGGACCCCCUCUACGGAUGGGAAGUUUACUCUUGCUUCUGCUAAGGAGCUGCUGAGACCGAGGAGGGUUGAUGAUGUUGAGGAUACUGUGUUUAAGAGGUGCUGGCAGCGGCACCUACCUUGGAAGAUGUCCUUCUUGGUAUGGCGCGUGUUGGAGAGACGCAUUCCCACUGAUGAUGUCCUGGCGAGAUUUGGGAUUGUUUUGCCCUCUCGUUGUUUCUGCUGUUCGUCGCCAGAGUCAGCCCAUAUCAGGGGUGCACAUCAUAGUUUGAGGUCUGUCAUGAGUAUAUGGUGGGCGCAGAGGCCGAAGAGCAGGAUGCUCUCGUUCCUAUUCCACCGCCUGCCGAUGAUCAUUCUUUGGGAGCUUUGGACGCACUAUGCUGCGUGCAAGUAUGGGGAUGCUCGACCCAACUUCGCACGCAUUAUCUUUCGGGUGACUACGGCGAUGUCAGAGUGUAUCUAUCGUCGCUGGCCUAGCGGAGGUCUUUUGCCUCCCCGAUGGUCGGUGAUAAUGGAGCAUGUUCGACGAGGAUCUGGACGCAGGAGGGUGGUGCCGAUUCGGUGGGUCCCACCGCCGGAUGGUUCCAUCAAGGUAAAUGUGGUGAGGGCUCCGCUCCGUUGGGCAUAUGCAGCGAUCGUACGUGACUCGACAGGUAAGUUUCUCUAUGCUCUCUCUUCUAUUGCAUUCAGGUGGGACCCAGUGGAGCGUGGAGGGAUGGACGUGCUUCUUCGGUGUAUUCAGUGGUGUAUAUCCCAGUCCUUCUUGCGUAUCCACGUGGAGUCCCACCAUUCAGAGUUAGCUUGCUUCUUUAGAGAGGGUACCCCGUGGUACCUUCAUGAUGUUUAUGCUAGACUGCGUUUCUUCUGUUCUAUCGCGACGGUCCAGUGGUUUCAUUGUGACGUUCGGGCGAAUGGCCCGACGACUGAGUUGGCAUUGUGGGCCGUGGAUAGUACAGAGGGGACGCGGGAGUUUACUAAUCUGCAGGAUCUUGAUAUUCGGGUACGAUCUCUCCUUCCUAUGGACGAUCUGCCUUUCUUUCGCAUUGAUGAGGAUGGGGGUAACCCCUAGUUGCACUUAUUUGCGUGCCUUAACGACCGCGUCUGCGGUUAAGAGGCGCACGUAUGUACCUGCGGUUAAGGGGUGCCCGU